UUUAUCUUUUUGAUGCUUAUGAAUUUGGAUAUACUGAUAACAGUAGAUGAGAGGAUCUGCACAUGAUGAUUUAUGGUUUUUCUCGAUGGAGAGAAGUGUGGAGAAUACUUUCUGUCAUUUGGUUUUAGUAAUUUAACAAGUGGAGAAGAAAAAAAUACUUGCUCUUGUUUGCAUACAAAUUUUGGGAGAGUGGAGAGGAAUGGAGGAUAUAAACGUCACUUCAAACUCCCUAUUCUCUCUGUACAAGUGGAGGGUUUUGGAGAGAAAGAUAGAAAUAUAACGAACCUAUCUUUUCUCUUCUCUCCAAACAGAGCCUUACUUUUCUCUAUGAUUAAUGCAUCUUUGUGGAACAUAUGUAAGAAAUUUUAUUAGUGUCCUUCGGAUAUUUGCACUAAGUGUGGUUGAUUAUUUGUCCAUUGAAUGGCUAAAGACUAUAUGUUAUUAUCAUUAUUAUGAUUCAUUAAUAUUCUUGAAGAAAAUGAUUUAGCUAAAUGUUGGCCUAAAUGCUUUAGAAAAAUGCAGAUGUAACCUCUAAUUGGGCCUUUUGAACCAGUGUUACAUUCGAUUAUCGACUUAUUACCCUCUCAGUUUUCUAUCAUGGAUCUGCUAUCCUGAUUGGUAGGUGUGCAUGCAAUCAUACUUUGAUUUGAUUUCAUGAUUUAUCCAUGAAAAGUUUUCCAGACUUCAACUUGUCUCCCAUUAAUGCUGGGAACACAUUCAGUCGCAUCCUGGAGUAGGGGAAGGAGCUUAUCUAUGUUGUUAAUCAGGUAGCUCCAUGAAUGAACUAGUUUUAGAAAUUUUUCUAAUCCCAAAACAAGCUAAGUGUAUUGGUUCAACCCAUUGUUCAUUCAGGAUGUACACCUGGGUGAAAGAGUUAAGAACAAAUUAAGGGCUGCCAACGUUGCCUACAGCAAACAGCAGUAUGCCUGCUGUCAAAGUAGCACAAGUAGAAAGUUCGGCUCAGAAGGUAGAGAUCAUAGUGAGGGCAAAAGGAGAAGCAUAGAGAAGAACAAACAAGAAAUAGAAUGUAAGGAACAAAGAGGACUUGCCACCUAAAAAGACUUAUUUGUCUUGUUUUUUUAUGCAUCUACUUCGUAUGGGAACUGGACACCGUGAUCAAUAUUUGAUGCCGCUGAGCAUCAAGAGAAGAGGGAUACAGUGUUUCUCUUUUAUUCCAUUGUAACCCCUUCAUGCUUUUUUCUUCGAUCCACAUCCACAGAUGACAUUUGCACCAAGCAUAAGAUACAAAUCUAUAGGUAUUGUCUCAAACUGCAGAGUUCAUUAGUAUCUUGACUUGUUCUUUAAGAUAAUGAAUGGAUUUCAAGGAAACAUUGGAUUGAAGUAUUGAGAGUGAGAGCUUUGAUGAGAUGUUGAGGGUAUUUAGCAGAGUCAAAACAUUUGACUAUGUGCAUAACAUGUGUUUAUCAAAGGAGUCUUCUGGUCAUGUUGAGGCUUAUCAAAUCUCAAGUGUCUUAAAUCAUGUAGGAUAUUUAACUUGAUCGAAAUAUUUGACUACAUGUGUGCUUGUACCUUUGUUAGAGACAGUUCACUUGUCAAAGCAGUCUUUAUGUAACAUAUUGUGAAUAUUAGCCACAAGAUUAUUAAACUGUUUGCAAUUCUUCUAUGACAACAAUGUAUUAUCAUACAUAUAUCGAUUUAAGUGACUUGAUGAAUCUUCAUAUUGUGAAUAUUAGCCGCUAGUGAACUGACAGUAGAGAUGAAGAUUGUAGUUGUGCUUUAGUAUCCAAUCUGUGGCAUGUAAUUGGUACUUGGCAUUGCAUUUCUUAUUUAUUUCCUAAAAAGCAGUACCUGCAUUUUAUCUAUGAUGUGUGUGUGUGACAUGCUUAGGUUCCAAUGCAGUGUGAGGUAAUUGAGCUUCAAAGUAGGUAGGAGUUUUCACUAUGCCUCUUAGCAUCAAAGCAAAAUUUUAGUUAGCAGUUUCUAUAACUAAAUAUUGAUUGGCAAAUAUAUGCCUUCUGAUUCAUUUCAUUACAGUUGACAGCUAUAAGUUCCUUGGGAUGAUAGCAUGACAUGAACUUCUGCCAUUAUAUCAUCAUCAAUAUGUAGUCUUUCCUUUAUUGUAUUUUGGGGUAACUUCCAGCUGAAUUCUUAUAAUUAUGGAGGAGAGUUGCAAGGGGAUUCUUCAAUUCGCUCGUCUUAGGUUAUCUGAGGUAUGAUGUUAAUAGAUUUCUACUUAUGAAUCUCAUCACCAUAAAUAAGUUUAGUGGUCUAUCUAUGACUGUCACUGAUGCUAUCAUCUUUGAUUUGAAUUUGCUAAUCCUGGAUGCCAUAGGUUCUCAUACUGACUUGUGGAACCAAUGUCACAUUUUUCUAGUAUGUCCAAAUUUGAUUCAUUGCCUGAACUACUGAUGCAUACCAUGUAAUCUAUUCCUUUCAUGUUCAAAAUCUACUUAGCAUCACUGUGUGUGUGUGUGUGUGUGUGUGUGGUCUUCAAUGUAGUCAAUGUUUGUCUGACAAGUGUACUGUGUCAGAAAUUAGCUGUAGAAAACAAGUGUACAGAACAUUGUUUGUAGCAGGAUUCCACCAUAUGAUAAUACUAGAUGGUAUACAAACUACCAAUCACUUGAUACAGUAAUCACGGUAGCAUAGAUUGUAACUCCUUGGAAUUAUACCAUAAGUUAGAAAUAGUGUUGAUCAACUUGAAGUUAGCAUCAGUCUAAUGAAAAGCAAAUGCAACAAACAAUUUAUUGCUUUAUUGCUAUUAUGAUAAGCUUCAGAGUCAGUGAGGCCUCGAACAAGGACAAGUCCUUUUCCUAUUCUAUACUCUCCUUUAAUGGAUGGCAUGUCGUUGCCUCCCUCUAAAGCAUCGUGUGACUUGGUGUGGUUUAAUGAUGAACAUAAUACAGUGGUAUUCCUCUUCCCGAAGCAGCACGUAGUGCUCGUGCUGUCUCCAUCCUGCUUUCCCUUUCCCUUUCCCUUUCCCUUUCCCUUUCCCUGUAUAAAGCAAGUAAUAAAAGGAGGGGAGGUCACAGGACGAGCGGUGUACCAUCAGGUUGAUCUCCUGUCCACCGUCUGAUUUAUAUCAUGCGGUGCCUUCUUAAAGCAAGCGGUGCCUUGCGAUGCUGCUCCCACUGCACCACUGCCAUUGCAGCAAAAGAGACUUCUUCUGACGCACAAAGUCCUGCAGUCCGGUGGUCCAUCAGCUCACUUUGCCAUUGCCAAGAGGAGGAAAGAGAAGGCGGAGGAGAUCAAACUAUUCACGGGCCGGCCAUGGUCAUUGAGCCGCUCCAAAAAAGGUCAUAAAAGCUAAAAGUCUUCCAUCACGCCACCAUCAUAAUGUCUGAACCCUUUUGCCGCUACCAUUCAAUUCCAUUCAACUUCCCCACCUCCUCUUCUUCUUCCCUCUUCCUUCUUACACACUCCACCAGUACAACCUGGUAAAACCUCAAGUGGUGGGAAGCGGUAGCAGUAGUUAGCUCUAAGCCUACAGAUAUACCACGCCCAAGAAGACCCUGGUUGUCGCAACCGCAGAGGCCGUCGCUUCUCCGAAACCUGCCACCAAGCGGAACCUGCUCAGCUCGCUUAUGGAGGCUGCUGCCGGUCUGCAACGCUCUUCUUCCUUUAAGGAGGACUCCUACCUCGCCUCCAGCCUCAAGCCCGCCGAGAAGAAGGCCCUGCAGGAGCUCAAGCAGCUGCUCUCCGCCUCCCCGAAACCCAUCUCCAUGUGGGGCGUCCCGAUCGCCCCUGCCGCUGCCGACGAGCGGGCGGACGUGGUGCUCCUCAAGUUCCUGCGGGCCCGCGACUUCGACGUGGGGGAGGCGCACGCCAUGCUGCUGCGGUGCGCGGAGUGGCGGCGGGAGUUCGGCGCGGACGGGGUGGCGGAGGAGGAGAUGGUGGGGCUUAAGGAGGUGGAGGGCGUGGUGGCGUACAUGCAUGGCUGGGACCGGCGGGGCCACCCCGUGUGCUACAACGCCUAUGGCGUCUUCAAGGACGCUGCGGUGUACGAGCGCGUGCUGGGCGACGCCGACAAGCUGCAGCGCUUCCUCCGGUGGCGCGUCCAGGUGAUGGAGCGCGGCGUCCGCCUGCUCCACCUCCGCCCCGGCGGCGUCAACUCCAUCAUCCAGGUCACCGACCUCAAGGACAUGCCCAAACGCGAGCUCCGCGCUGCCUCCAACCACAUCCUCUCCCUCUUCCAGGACAACUACCCCGAGAUGGUCGCCAGAAAGGUGUUUAUCAACGUCCCCUGGUACUUCAGCGUGCUGUACGCGAUGAUAAGCCCGUUUCUGACGGAGAGGACGAAGAGCAAGUUCGUGAUCGCCCGAGAAGGCAAUGUGGCGGAGACGCUCUACAAGUUCAUAAGGCCGGAGUUCGUGCCGGUGCAGUACGGGGGGCUGAGCCGGCCGGGGGACCUGCAGAACGGUCCGCCCAAGCCGGCCACCGAGUUCGCCAUCAAGGGCGGAGAACAAGUAAACCUCGAAAUCGACGGCAUCGAGGGAGGAGCAACCAUAGCAUGGGACGUCGCCGUCGGGGGGUGGGACGUGGACUACGGCGCGGAGUUCGUGCCGAGCGACGAGGGGAGUUAUACGGUCGUCGUGCAGAAGACGAGGAGGAUUCCGGCGGGCGCCGAGGAGGCGGUCCACGACGCAUUCACCACCAAGGAAGCAGGGAAAAUGGUGCUGUCCAUCGACAACACCAACUCCCGGAGAAGAAAGGUGGCCGCCUACAGAUACUGCGUCCGCAAGCCACCGAUGUAGUUGCAGUUACUCGAGUUCCUCUUCCGCCUACUGCGUCAGCUUGCUUUGAUUUCGGUCGUUUACGGUAGUGUACGCAUGAGUUGGCUUCAAUCUCUCGACGUGUAUCAUAAGGAAAUGUAGCCUCUUUUGCCCAUAUAUCUUACGCAGCAUGGAAUGAAUAUUAAACA